CCGACAAAACUUACGCAUUUUACAACACAUGACAGCGUAUCAACAUUUAGUACGAAUCCUCAUUGUUAAGUGACGUGUUCUUAAGAAAAGACUAAUUGAUGGUAGUAGGUAUUAUGUACGAAAAAUAAGAGUGAUUCUUCACAAGAGUGUAAACUGGAUAUUUUUAUUUAUUUUAUAUUUGCAUUUGCGAUAGUGGACUAGUUAUGGACGCGCAAAGCAUCGAUGCAUUCGCCACAAGCAUAAAAAAGGUCGCGCCGCCUCCUCUGGUGGAUUGGACAUGUAUCCCCACGUUGGUACUGGUGGUGUUGCUGGUGCUAGUAGUGGCCUCAGCACUAGCGGCUCGAGCGAUGGCAGAUGUCCGACCUGUCGAACGCUUACCCGGCCCCCUACCAUUACCAUUUGUGGGCACAAGGUGGCUCUUCUGGAGCAGAUACAAGAUGAACAAGCUACAUGAAGCUUAUGAAGACAUGUUCAGGCGUUACGGGUUGGUUUUCGCGGAGAUCCACCCGGGGGGUGCCACUAUGGUGUCAAUCGCGGAGAGGGAGGCACUGGAGGCGGUGCUCAGAGCUCCAUCGAGGCGUCCCUACAGGCCGCCUACAGAAAUCGUACAGGUGUACCGCAGAAGCAGACCUGAUAGAUACGCCUCCACUGGACUUGUCAAUGAACAAGGCGAAAAAUGGUAUCAUCUUCGGCGUCACUUGACAGCAGAACUGACAAGUCCUAGCACAAUGCAGGGCUUUCUCCCUGAACUCAACACAAUUUGUGACGACUUCCUCGAGUUAGUGAACACAUCUCGUCGUGCUGACGGAAUUGUGCCUGGCUUCGAUCAGCUCACUAACAGAAUGGGAUUAGAAUCGGUAUGCGCCCUAAUGCUGGGUUCGAGACUUGGUUUCCUAGAGCGUUGGAUGUCGGGCCGGGCGGCAACCCUAGCAUCCGCCGUGAAGGCUCACUUCAGAGCCCAACGAGACUCCUUCUAUGGUGCUCCACUAUGGAAGUUUGCACCCACUACACUGUACAGAACGUUCGCUAAGAGCGAGGAUACCAUUCAUACGAUAGUAUCGGAUCUGAUGGAAGAAGCAAAGUUAAAGACGCAAAAAAAUGCUAGCGACGAAGCGAUGCGGGAGAUCUUUAUGAGGAUUCUGGAAAACCCCGCUCUUGACAUGAGGGAUAAGAAAGCUGCAGUCAUUGAUUUUAUCACAGCUGGCAUUGAGACGCUAGCGAACAGCCUCGUGUUCCUUUUAUACCUACUGAGCGUUCGACCGGAUUGGCAACGCACCAUUCGCUCCGAACUACCUUCAUGCAGUACAUUGACUGUUGAGGAUCUUGCAGCCGCUCCAUCAGUACGCGCUGCAAUCUCCGAAGCUUUUCGACUGUUGCCAACCGCACCUUUCUUGGCCAGGCUACUAGAAACUCCUAUGGUAAUUGCGGGACAUAAGCUGCCUGCUGGGACUUUUGUGUUAGCGCACACGGGUGCUGCGUGUCGUCGCGACGAAAAUUUCUGGCGCGCUCGUGAGUACCUACCAGAGCGUUGGUUGGAGCCCAGAGCACCUCACGCUGCUGCUUUAGUCGCCCCCUUCGGGCGGGGGCGACGUAUGUGUCCUGGGAAGCGAUUUGUGGACCUCGAACUACAUCUACUCCUGGCUAAGAUAAUGCAAAGAUGGCGUGUGGAGUUUGAUGGUGAAUUGGACAUUCAGUUCGACUUCUUGCUAUCGCCCAAGUCUCCAGUGUCGCUGCGGUUAGUUGAGUGGUAGUCGCAGAUAUAUUGUUAAGAUUUGUAAUUGUCUUUAUGCUUCGUAGAUCAUAGUUACUACUUAAACGAUUGUACAAGACAAUGUUUAGCUUUUAUUCAGGGAAAUGAUACUUAAACUCAACAUUUUAUUGGGAAUAGACGUUCAAGUUGGUUGAUGGUUUUAAUGUACCAUCUAAACAACUUUCUUCUGAAUAAAGGCCGAAUACAGUGGGUUUGUAUAAUUAAAGCUUUACUGAACUAAAGAUCGACGUACACCUUUAUAUCCGAUAUAUUUUAUUGUAAUGACUGUAAUGAAGUUCGUCUUAUGUGA